UCCAUUUCACCCCAAGCAGCCUCCGGCAAACCGGCGCCGUUGCUUUGUGCGCGAGAAGCGGAGGCGGUGGCCGCUGCUGCUGCGUGGAGUCCCCGAGCCGAAUUAAAAUGUCAUCUUGGGUUAAGGUUACCAGGGGUCAAGUUCAGAAACCUAUUGUGGAUAACAGGCAUAGACCCGGAUGGAUUCCACGCCUUCUGGACAUAAAUCCUUAUAGACCAUACCAGAAAAGUCCUUAUUCUCCCCAAGAUGGUUAUUCAAAGGACUUUGAAGAUCUGAAUAGUUUUGAAGAACUAUUUGGACAACAGUAUGACUAUUCAACAGGAAAUGAAGAUUACUAUGAGAGAUAUCAGUAUUCCCAAAAAGGUCCCAGUCUGCAUGAGACCCCAGGGAUACCCGGAAGACAAGAGACAGAAGUGGCAGCCCAGCAGCCAGGUUCUUCCAGGCGACAGGAUCCGGAGCAUGAAUCCUCAGCAGUGGAAGCUGGCCUAACCGCCCCUUGCUCCCGAGAGAAGUGGAGAACAGCAAGGGCUGCAAGUGUGGUCCCCCCGGCAGGGGUAUCUCCUUUGCCGGUAGUGGAUGAUGACUAUACCAGGGAUGAUCGUAGGGAGAAGCUAUACCUACAGUUUUACCAGCAGAUACAGAAAGAGUAUGAUAAAGAAAGACCUUCUGACUGUAUCAUUGUGGCCAUCAGCAAGGAACAAACGGAAUAUGCAACAGUCAUAGGCCAUCGGUUGCAGGAUCAUGGCCUUGUGGUGGAAAUGAUAUACCUUACAUCUGAGUUGGGUCUCACACGCGCCCUCCAAGAAGUUAAAAAUGAUGGUUCCCCAUUUUGUAUUCUUGUUGAACAGUCAAAUGUAGCACUUUCCUCUUGCACCGUAAUCAUGCUUCAUGAGUCUAUCAAAAUACACCGUAAUAUGCCCAUGGAGGAUGCAUUGGCUCUGGUAGUUAAAGCAUUUGGGAAAAUUUUUGCUGAGCGUGAGCAGCAGGAGCGUGCCGAAAUUUCACACAAAGCAGCUGAUCUGGCGGAUGACUACCUAGAACGGGAGCUCUAUGGGAGUUACAGUGUGCCUCUAGGCGUUAGACAUCUCCUCUUUCUGUUAAGUGAGGGAAAAUAUUUAUAUCGUGAGGAGUUGAACUCAAUAAGUGACUACCUGAAGACCAGGAAAGAUGAGCUUGAAGCCCUUGUUGAACAAACUGAUCCUUCAACUGAAGUUGAAGACACGUUGUAUCAAGCAAACAUGAUGCCAAGUACAAGCACUGCCACCCAUACCUUAAGUAAACCUCCACCCCUUCUGCCGACACCCAACAGGAAUGUUCUUUUAGGCCAGUCGCCCCUUCCUCCAGCUAAACCUGCAUUGUUGGGUGAUAGGCCAUCAGGAGCUCUUCUUCCAACACCAGGGAUGUCCGGUGCAAAGGGUAAACCUCCACCUCUUCUAGCAGCACCUGCUAAAAGACCUGGUCUUCUAGGAUAUUCACCCCAUCAGCCUGCAAAACGACCACUACUUGGAGAGAAACCUGGACUUUUGCCAACACCAGCUGUUCAUGUUAAACCUGUGCAACACCAACGGGCAGCUAAACCAAAGCCUUUGCUUAACUGAGACGACAUCACAGACACCAUGACUAAUAAUGGAAUACAUUAAACCUGAUGGUGGCAUCCCUCUUCCAAGCCAGCAGAGAGCAUGAUAAACUUGUAUUGCUAGUGUCCGUACACCCAGACAAACUUCAAUGUAUCUCAUUUUCUGUAAUACACAUUCCGAUGGGAACUUUUUAAAAUUUCAGGGCGCUCUUCUGUUCAAACAAAAUUGGUAUUUGUGGAAGGUCAGUGUUGUAGAUUCAUGGUCUUAUAAAUUAGGAAUUGUUUAAAUAGGUAUGGUCACAAAAUAAACUAUUUGUUUUACA